GCUGCUGAUAGGACCUGCCUGCCUCUCGCCUCUCUCCUCUCAGCACACUUGCAGCCAAAACUGAAUGUUCCUGCUCUGGGGCCUCCUUCCAGUCUUAAAUUUCAGCUCAUCAUCUUAAGCUGCCUGGGUCAUGGCUCUGCUAUUCUCCUUGAUCCUUGCUAUUUGCACCGGACCUGUUCUCUUAGGAUCUUCAUCCAGAGUGCGACUGGUGGGAAGCACCCGCCGCUGCGAAGGGCGGGUGGAAGUGGAAAAGGAAGGUCACUGGGGUGCCGUGUGUGAUGAUGGCUGGGACAUCAAAGACGUUGCUGUGGUAUGCCGAGAGCUGGGCUGUGGAGAAGCCAGGGGGACACCCAGUGGUAUUUUAUAUAAACCAUCAUCAGAAGAAGAGCGAAAAUUCCUCAUCCAAGACGUCGAUUGCAAUGGCAUGGAAGAUACACUGUUUCAAUGUGAGCAUGAAGACGUUUUUAAUUGCUUAGACAAUGAGGCUGCAGGAGCGUUGUGUGAGAUUCCAGAGAGUGUGCGGUUGGCUGGUGGCACCGGGGCCUGCAAUGGGAGAGUGGAGGUGAAGCACCAAGGGCAGUGGGGCACCGUGUGCAAAACAGGCUGGAGCCUCUUGGAUGCAAAGGUGGUGUGCCGGCAGUUGGGGUGUGGGAGGGCCAUACUGACCAAAAGAUCCUGCAACAAAGCUACCAAGGGCCAAGGGCCCAUCUGGCUGAGUCACGUGUCAUGCUCAGGACAAGAAGUAAGCCUUCAGGAUUGCCCUUCUGAGCCUUGGGGGAUGAACAACUGCACCCACGAUGAGGACAUGUGGGUUGAAUGUGAAGAUCCUUUUAAGUUGAGGUUGGUAGGAGGAAACAACAGCUGCUCUGGGCGACUGGAGGUGCUGCACAAGGGCAAAUGGGGCUCUGUCUGUGAUGAUGGCUGGGGAGAAAAGGAGGACCGGGUCGUGUGCAAGCAACUUGACUGUGGACAGUCCCUCUUUCCAUCUGUCAAAGUCCGGAGAAGAUUUGGACCUGGGAAUGGCCCCAUCUGGCUGGAUGAUGUUCAUUGUUCAGGGGAGGAGUAUUCCCUGGAGGAGUGUGGGCACAGGUUGUGGGGAUAUCACAACUGCAAACACAAGGAAGAUGUGGCUGUGAUCUGCUCAGGACAGCAGCCUGGGCUUCCUGACGCUUGACAUGACCCUCACAGGCCCCGAGUAUCCUUUGCUUCCUCAUGGGUCCUGAUUGGCCCAGCAUGAGCAUUGGGCCUGCUGGCUUUAGCCACCACUCCCUCAGCCUCUCAGCAAGAGUCUGAACAAUUGCUUAUGCCUUGCUCUCUGAGCUAAACACCCCCAUCAUUGCCUGGAGAUAUGAGUUGUUGAAUUCCCUCUUGCUGGGGAAGAUGAGCUCCCGGUCAUCUUCUCCUCACUACUGACCCCUUGGCAUUGGUUUUGACCUCUCCGGCCUCCUUAACACGCCUGGGAUCUCCAGGCCUGUUACUGUGACAGUACUGGCCAUUACCAAGGCAAGAUCCAUGUCUAUAAAGAACGUGAAAGGAAGGAGACAACGAAAGGAACAUUUGAAAGGGUAUGUGGUUAGAUGAUUACGUGGAACCUGAGGGAAAGUUUAGAGUCUUUUUGAACUCUUUUCCUCAAGUUUCAGGUGAUCACAACAAUUAAUGACACCUCAUUACUCUCCUAUUCCUUGGUAAGAGUAGACCAUUCUUUCAGUAGCAGAGCAGCAUCUUGUAAUCAUAGACUUUUUCAUGACGCUUGGAAAAAGAUGUUGUGCUUCCUGAAUGGCCAUAAUAAAAUACCUUUUUUGUCCAUGUACAUACAACUUGCUGACAUAAUUGGCAUUUAACAAGAAGAAUCUCACAAAUGCAUUUUAGUUUAUCUAAGGAAAAAUUGGCUAUGAGGCUUCCACUGGAAGAAAGGAAAAGAAGAGGCAGAAAGAGUUUGAGGAGGUCCAAAGUUGUGCCUCAUACCAACAAGAUAAUAUCAUUUUCAUUUUAUCAACUCAGACUUUGGGGUCUGCAAGCAUGAGGCAAGAGAGAACGAUACAAAGGAGAGAAUCAAGACAAUGCUAAAAAUCAACAACUUUAGACUCUGGGGCUAAGUUGAGUACCUGCAAUAUACCUACAUUAAUGCUAUCUAAUAAAGUAGAUCUCAUAGUCUCCACAGUUGCUUCUCUGUGUGAUGUGCUCUUUCUACCCACAGGGAAGCAGUGUGCCAGCUUCUUGGUGACACCCUUUUAGGCAGGGUUAGUUAAAAGAGAACAUAGAAAUAUUACUCUAGUCAGGAUGUGGAACUCUUUCUCUGUUUCCUAGAAUGGGAAAAUAAGUAGAGAAAUCUAACUUCAUAGAAGAGAAGAAAAUGUCUUAACAGACAUUUGGGGAUCUGCUCUGUCUACUCAAAGAGAUUUUGCUUUUAUCUGAUCAGUUCUCACAAGGCUUCCUGAUUUUCCCCACAGACUACUAUCCUGUCGCUCUCACCCUGUAUUAUCUGGAAUCUAGAAGCCUGCUGAUCUGCCUUGAUUGAGUCAUUGAAAAGCUCUCUUAUCCUAGUAGAGUAGAUCAGACUUGGAAUUUCACAAAAUAAAAUUUGAUUUUCCCUUAGGUUCUACAUUAAAAUUUCUUUUGUAAAAUUCCAACUCAAUAAAACCCCUGAGAACCAAUGAGAUAAAAGUAAUAGCUCUUGGUGGAGAUGGUGUGAAUCUCACUCCAAGAGCAAGACCUGACAAUAUCCUAAUAGAUAGUGUCAGUGGGUCCGAUAAGAUUGCGUCAUUAAGGAGAGGAAAUUGAGAAGCUGAAAGAUGAAGUUGACACUGGCCGGUUAGCACUGUCCAUAGAAGAUGAUUCCCUGACUAAAAAUGUGUCUCUUUAAUCUUGGUGUCCAAAGAUAAAAUAGCAUAUCAGAGCCUGAAGUGAUCAGCGUACUGUCAGUGACUGCCUGUGUUCACAAAUACUCCUGUUUGUUUCUUCUUCCCGGACAUGCCACUAGUCUCUCCCAAGUUUCUCUUAGAUGAUGCCCCAGCCAGCCCUCCUAGCCCCUCCCUAGCAAGGCAGUCCAGUAAACUUGAGCUCUGCAUUCAGGGGGAGUAUUGCCCAUUGGGUAGGUUAGGGUUUAUGAGCUGGCAUAUGACUUGUCCUCCGAGAGCCUCUCCUGUGACCCUCUCCCCACCCUUGCUCAGGUCCGGAUUCCAAACUACUUUGAACUGUUUGGCAUGUGCAUGUGCAGUAUGUACCCUUUUAGCCAUCCUGAGGCAGCCUGGGUCCUCCAGGCCUGUGGAGGUGGGGCUCAGCCCCACCAUCUUCAUAGUCUCCAAUGUGGAGGGAACUCAGCGCCUGAAAAUCACCCUGAGGUGGCAGCUACAACUGGUGACAGUCAGUCCCCAUUUGGCCUUGCUGCCUGAUAGGGUCCUGGGAUUCUCCAGCUCCCAAGCUUUUAUCAGAUGAUACCCAAGCCAGUCAGUAGGGCUUGGCCCUGGCAAGGCAGGACAGUCUCCUGCUGCUCUGUCUUCAGAAGGAACAUGCACCUUUGUGUAGACUAGCCUUUGGAAUUAGCCAUAUGCAUUGUGUCCCCAAGCUCCUCCUCCUGUGAAAAAACCUCUUCUAACCAGUGCCAUGUUCCAGAUCCCCAGCUACCAUGAACUGUGAGGAGGUGCAUGGGGAGUACACACACUUUCAGCCCUUCUUGGGCAGUAGGACCCUCCUGGCCCGUGGAGC